CGAUGUAAAUGUUUGAGGGAAACACACCCGCGACAGUCGACAAUAAGGUGGAAAAAACGAGAGCUUGGAGAAAUUUUGCCGGUUGUCUCACAUUACCACAGUGGUUGCUCAAUGACGCUUUGGGGAAACGCAGGCCAGAGAAGUUGCCCUGCUGCAUUUCAGGAGUGUUUAUUUCACUUAAGCCUGCCUCAGAAAGGGAGCCAUUCCAACUUCUUGCUUGAGAAGGGUGCACCAGUAGCUAGGGUCAGGAGCCAGGCCUUCACCCCACUCCCUCAAGACUGAGGACUCCAAUUUGAUCAUCUUCCUAGUAUGGCUGGUAAAUCCCAUCAACUGAUGAAGAAGCACAGUCAGACAGACUUGGUGAGCCGGCUCAAGACACGCAAGGUGUUGGGCGUGGGAGAGGACGAUGAUGGAGAAGUGCACCGAUCGAAGAUCAGUCAGAUGCUGGGGAACGAGAUUAAGUUUGCCCUGCGAGAGCCUGUGGGACUGAGGCUAUGGAUCCUCCUCUCUGCAGUGGUCUUCACAGCCGUGGCGCUCAUGGCCCUCACGUUCCCCAGUCAGCUCUAUGAAGUUGUGUUUGAAGAGGAGCAUACAGCCACGAGCAUGUCGAUACGUCUCUAUGGAGGGGCACUGCUCAGUCUCUCCCUCAUCAUGUGGAAUGGGCUAUACACUACUGAGAAGGUCAUUAUGCAGUGGACCUUACUCAGCGAGGCCUGUUACUUUGCCAUCCAGUUUAUAGUGACCACCAUCACUCUCGUAGAACUGGACCUUUUUUCCAACUCUGCAAUCCUCCUCAUUGUCAGCCGCCUACUCUUCCUCGCCGUCACCCUGUUGUACUACUACCACGUUGGCCGCCGGAACAGGAAGAUGUGAGGCCCCUGGACGCUGGUGCAACUGCCAGGCAGGCAGGAAUCAUUGCACAGCGACAAUGGAAGCCCUUAACGUCAAGCUCUCCUCCCCAUCAGCCCAGCUACUGUCAGGACAGAGCAACUAAGCCUUGUUCGAGAUUAGAUUACCACACAGCACAGUCUUCUGCCUUUUAACACCGUUUCUCUAUUUGAAUUGGGAAAAUCUUCAUGUGUACACGGUAAAUAAGUGUUGUUUUUUUUUGUUAGAUUUGUGGUGCAUCACCAUAUAUGUUGCCCUGUGGUAUUUUCUGUCUAGGUUAUCACAAGAACUGCUUGCCGAGGAUGAAAUGCCUCAGUUUCAGCAGCUGCAGUGUGAUUUUGAUAGGAUAGUUUGAUAGCUUGAUAUGUCUUAAUUACGUUAUGCCAUGUUUUCACUAACAAAGUAUUGACUUAACAAGGACAAUGAUAUUAAUGAACAGUAUAUUGUGCUCUUAGAGGUUUCUUUUCUCUGGGGCUGUUUCUCAUUUGCAAGUACCACCUUGCUGUAUCUGCUCAGCUGUAGAUGAAGGUCCCCCAGGUCAGCAGCCCCACCCCACCCCCACCCCCACCCCUAGACAGGAGUUCACAGGGCACGAUAUCAGGGAAAAAGUAUUUGAGUAAUGAUCAAAUUACUCAUGUGGGAAGAAAAUAAGAGAACUUGUACUGACAGACCAAAGUGAAACGACUACUAUUUCCAUCUAAACAACACUACUACACAUCCGUUCUAGAGUAACGCUACAUGUAUGUGCAUGCUGCAAGCAAUGUGAAAAAUCUCUCUUGUGACGUGGGAUUCAGUAGGUUGGUGCCCUGACACCAGCCGAUUUCCUGAUCUGUAGGUAGAGAAACCAUUUGAUCUUGACUCUAACAAGUGAUUUGUGACCAGGCAUGUCCAGUGUAGCAGACUACUUUUCUCCAUCAGCUGCAGCACAGCUGUUUACUUCUACUAUAGUGUUGCCUUAACUUCUGAUAGAAGUCCUGCUACAGGACCUUCACUCAUGGAUCAGUGUCUUCUCUCUUAUUCACAGUAGCCAUAUUUACUGCCAAUAUUGUGAUUAUUAUGGACUGUAAAUUGCACAAUUGAUCUUUUUGGUAUUUUAUGAAUAUAGCUUAUUUAUUUGGCCGAGUGUGUCUUGAGUGUCUGGAGUCAUUUUGUAUUUUUGGUAUGACAACAGAAGAUCUAUAUAUCCAUUUUGUUUGCCCCCUUUUUCUUUGUAGCUGACUACCGCAUGCAUAAUACAUUCAAGUAGCUUUUGUAGCAGACCUCUAAAAAAAUGUAUGUACAGCUAUGCAGAGGUGAGAAAGCAUGUAAGAUGAUGCAUCAUCUGUGGCACGGCUGUACACUAAUUGGUUGUUUAAAGCUUUUGGAAAGACUAUUGUGUGUGCGUUUAUUUUUCAAGACAAAUAGAAGUUAUUUUGUAAGUCUGUGUGUGUAUUUGUGUGUCCGUUCAAAAAGCUUUGUGCAUAUUUCAGGAAGGGAGUAACUUAUCCACCUUUUUAUUUUUCAGUUUCAGUAAAUUCGAACUUCAUGCUGGUUUUCAUUGUGAACAUUGUUCUUGCUACAUCAUCUAAGCACAACUGGCUGAUAUUUUGACCAAUAAAAUUGAACAAAUGUAUUGAAUCUUGUGAAGUAGUAAUAUUUUGAGGGCAUAAGGUAACCACGAGGCACGCAAGAGACUAGAACUAGAUAAGGUAACCUACACAGUAAUAAACUGAACAUAGUGCCACCAGCUCUGGGGCAGGAUCAGUUUUGUUUACAGAAAAGGGUCUUCUGGCAAGAGGAGGCAUGGAAUAUUCCCAUGUGUUGCAUGCAGGCCUGGACAGAGAGGGUAGGAUGUGUUUAUGUGAGUGCAGUGCGUGUGUGUGUGUGUAAGCGUGGGUUAGUAAAUAACAGUGUUCUGACUAUUUGUUUCCCACCAUGGCAACCAGAGGUCUGGUCUAUGGCUCUGAGUGCAUCAUAGGCUCUCUUGUGCCCAGUAAGGCAAUGUAGAAAUGCUAGGCAGGGCAAAUAUCCAGCAAAGGUCUAAACUCUGACAGGCACCCUCUGUAAGAUGGCAAUUUUCUUCCUGUAUAAAGUUUAAUUAACCAUGGCCUUUUGCUAUGCUUGUUUUGGCCAAGUGCGAAACUUGUACUGAAUGGCAAUUAGGCUAGAGUGCUGUGAACCACAAACUGCAUGUCCACAGCCACUGAUUGCACAGACUCACUGAAACCCUUUUCUUAAUUUAGCUGUAUAGAAGAGGAGCCCAGCAGGGAUUCAUUGACCAGAACAGCCUAAUGGUCGUUCUAUCUGACACACAAAUACUGCCUGAUUGCCCAAACUGAUAAAGUGUAAGGAUCAAUCGGCAUCUUUCAUGUAGUUUCCAUUUGGAUGGAAGCUGUAGAAGCACAAAGGUCUAUUCAUUAUUAAACGGUUUCUGAGCAACGGUCCAAUUGUUCUUGUCAUUCAAGUUUAUUUGGGAUUAAAUAAGUACCAGAGUACCAGUACCCAGGAAGCUCUUGCAUGAGGUGUGAAGUGAAAUGUGUACGUCACUAAUUUGAACACUACCUGUAUCACUACCAUUUGAUAACCAUGUUGCAGCUUCACAGCAAUCUCUUGAGAACUUUCAUGUGUGUAAGGCUGCUCCAGACUUUUUUUUUGUUUGGUUUUUAUUUGUAAAUAUUGUACACAAGAGAAUGUAGUUGUCUUGAAAUUGUUUUCAAAUAAAGAUAUACAUGAUCA